AUGAAUAUCUGCAGAAGAGUUUUAAUUUUUAUCGCAAUACUUGGUUUAUUCUUUUAUGUUAAAGCGACUAUAAACGUUAAGAUUUUUAAAAAUAAUUGUAUUGUUCAUGACCCGAAGACAAUACAAAACAUAAGUUGUUCCGUUAAACCGUUAAAUCGAACGACAACUGCUGUCAAUAUAAGCGGCUAUAUCAUACGUAAUGUGUCAAAUUUGCUCAUAAAUGCACAGCUCUUUAAAAAAUCUGAAAUAAACUAUCGACCUUUUCUUGUUAACGUCACCGAGAAUUAUUGUGAUUAUUUUUCUAAGAACAAAGGAGGCGCUUACAUGAGAUUGGUAGCUCCAAUUUAUAUGCCUUAUACAAAUAUGAAUCAUACUUGUCCGUUUUAUGGAUAUGGAUUCUUAAAGGAUUUGCCUAUUUCAAGAGAUAAAUUGCCCAAAUUUUGGCCACCUGGAAGUUAUCGUUUGGAUUUGCUGGCGUAUGAAAAAAACUAUGGCAAAUUACUUACAAUUCAACUUUACUUUGACAUAAAGGAAAUCAGACAACAAUAAGAACAAAAAUGAAGGAAGGAUUGUUUGUGGUCGAAUAUUGAAAUCAAAUAUUGGUGUGAUUUAGUGGGGGUGUACUUAUGCUUCUCACACAUUUAAC